ACAAAUUUUUUGAUGCCCUCUUUUGUGGUGUUUUUUUAAUUAGCGUAUUAUCCCUAUUUUUCCUAUCAAACAUUUGCAAUCAAAUUUGAAAAUAAUAAAAAGAAACAAUUUAUAGUAGUUCCCCAAAAACACAAUUCUAAAAUGAACUUUGAAUUCAAUAAUCAAGGUAAAGAAUCCUCACGAGCAGCAUGUAAGAAAUGCGGCUAUGCCGGACAUCUCACCUAUCAAUGUCGCAAUUUUCUUAAAGUCGACCCUAACAAAGAGAUUCUCCUGGAUGUGGAAAGCACUAGCAGUGAUUCUGAAACUGAUUACCUUACACCUUUAACUGAAUUAAGAAUGCAAGAACUCAAAGAAGAACAGGAAAAGGAACUUUUGAAAAAACGCAAAAAGGAAGAACACAAAUCGGUCGCUAAGAAAUCGAAGAAAAAACACAACAACAAGGAAAAGGAUAAGGAUAAGAAAAAAAGAAAGAAACAAUCGAGUUCAAGCAGCAGCAGCUCCUCUUCAUCAUCAUCAUCGUCGUCGUCAUCCUCGUCACCAUCAAAUUCAUCUUCAUCCGAUUCCAGUGAAGACGAAUACUCAACAUCAUCAUCGUCCGCCGCUGCUGCCGAUGAUAAGAAAAAGAAAAAAACUGGUUCUUCGUCGUCCCAAAAAAAGAUCAAGACGAAAAAGAUUCACAAAAAAACCAAGAAAUUACCUCGAAAGAAAAAGAGGCAUUCCACAACUUCUUCUUCGACCUCGUCAUCUAGCGAUGAUAUUUCCAGUUCACCCUAAAAACCGAACUCUCGACACCAGACCACCUAUAUAAGACUUUAUUGGAGAUAUUUUUUUUAGAAGUAUUUUUAAUCCUUUACAAAUAAAAGAAAAGAGAAUGAAAAAGGACAUGA